UAAAUUUGUGCAAUUGGAAAUGGCAGGUAGCGCUAUCAGGAAAGGAAUGUUUUUGGGCCAGGAACGCGAAUGGGGCUUUAUCCGCAUAGGCUAACUCUCGAACUGUGCAGAGUCCAUAAUCGGUUCUCUCUUGACAAUGAUUGAAAGAGAAAUUUCAUGUAGUCAGUAACUGAGUUAAUUGGGCUUCUUUAUCGAUUGAACUAGUCUGCAGUUGCAUUCUUUCUAGUAAAUGUUUCUUCAACUGAGAGUGAUUCCCUUUUGCCUGAGUUUAUCUCCCCAGCCUUCAAAUUAUGUUCCCAAACGAAUUAUAGCAUUCAGAAAAUACACGAGAGAAAGGCCUCAAAUAUCACGGUCACGGUCUUCAUUUGGAGAUGGCGUUAGUGUUUUUGUGGUUUCUGAUUUGCAUACUGAUUAUCCUGAGAACAUGACAUGGGUCAAGUCCUUGUCAUCAAAGAGGCACAACAAGAAAGAUGUUCUUUUGGUUGCUGGUGAUGUAGCUGAGACCUGCAGCAACUUUUUCUUCACCAUGUCCCUUUUGAAGGAUACAUUUCAACAUGUCUUCUACGUACCAGGAAACCAUGAUCUUUGGUGUCGCUGGGACCAAGACCGUUGUCUUGAUUCUCUUGAAAAGCUGAAUAAAUUGCUCGAUGCAUGCAGAAUACUUGGAGUUGAGACCACACCCAUGAUUUUAGAUGGCUUAGGAAUCAUACCUCUCUUUUCUUGGUAUCAUGAGAGUUUUGAUAGAGAGGAGGACAUCACUGGCAUCCGAAUACCGUCCUUGGAAAUGGUAUGCAAGGACUUUCAUGCAUGCAAAUGGCCAGGAGACCUUUCAAGCAGAGACACUUCCCUUGCUUUGUACUUUGAUGCAAUUAAUGAAGAAAAUGGAGAUAAAAUCAAGGUCAUCCAGAGGACUUGUAGCCAAAUAAUUACAUUUUCACAUUUUGUUCCUAGGCAAGAGCUAUGUCCAGAGAAGAGGAUGCUAUUCUAUCCAAACCUACCUAAAAUAAUUGGUUCUGAUUGUCUUGAGGAUCGCAUAAGAUUAAUACAUGGAACUACAGCAAAUGCAUCUAUGUGCCAUGUGUUUGGCCAUACUCAUUUUUGUUGGGAUGCAAUGCUUGAUGGUGUCAGAUAUGUACAGGCACCUUUAGCCUACCCUAGAGAAAGGAAGAGGAGGAUGAAUGGGGGUGAAACUUGGCUGCCAUUUUGUAUCUAUGCUGAUGGUAAAUUUGCUGAGAGACUUUCACCUUGUUAUUGGUCUGAUUACUAUGCAGCUAAUCCAAGAGAACCUCAUAACAGUGAACUUGCUCCUUGGGUUGCCAGAUUCUAUAACCGAUUACAGUAGAUACCACACAACCUGAAUUUAUCCAUUUGUGGCCGAAUUCAAGGAUAUUAAAUCGUCGGGAAGUUGCCUCAAUUCUAUUCCCCAUGUAUAUCUGUUGUACAGCUACCUGCUACGGAUGGUUCACGUACUACUCCAAGCAGGUUCAAGAACCUAUUUUAAGAAUGUGGAAAGACUUCAACUCCACUUCUCCCGAAUCAUUUAAACUCGGAUUUAAAGGGGUUGUAUAGAUACGAUGUAUGAAGGUGAUGAUUUAUUGUAUAAUUUUUGGAAAAGAAUGGCAAAAGGAAGAGCAAAUUGCACCGCUCCUGCAAAAACAAUCCAAUGCGUUACCACAUCUAUUAAUUUUGUUUUGGUUUCUUUUUCUACUAACAAAAUAAUAGUAACAACAACAUACAUGAAAUAUACAAACCGAGUCGGUCAUGUUUUUUUAUUGGCACCAAUUUGUCCAAGACCAAAGCAGCAAUUGACAAAGGGACAGACAACACAAACGUUUUUAGGACACCAAACAGGUUACAUGCACAGAAGGAAAACA